AUGAUGUUCCCAAGCUUUUUGUAUCUCCUCGCCUUGGGUGGUUCAGCACUCGCCGCGCUGGUAGUUGACGGGAGUACAUGUACUGUUACACCACUAGCCGCCGGGACAAAUGGCAAAGAUCCAGACGACACACCACAGAUCCUGAGUGCCUUCAAGCAGUGCGGCCAAAACGGACGCGUGAUACUAACCGAGGGCGUCUUCCACAUCGGACAGGUGAUGAAGACGACCGACUUCUCCAACGUCUCGAUCGAGAUCCAUGGUACGCUCAAGUGGUCCUCGGACAUCCAGUACUGGCUGCGCAGCAGCAUCUCGGUGACGUACGCUGGGCGGAGCACUGCGUGGAUGGUGGGCGGGACUGACAUCCGGCUCCUUGGAUUCGGCAAGGCGCUGUUUGAUGGCAACGGCCAGUUGUGGUACGAUCAAAAUCGCAAUCAGGGGAACCAGAAUGGAAGACCGAUUUCGUUGACCCUCUGGAAUGCGCGCAACGUGGUGGUGGACGGCAUCACGUGGCGCCAAAGUCAGUUCUGGCACACGUUCGUGGCGCAUAGUCAGAAUGUUACCAUGACGAAUCUGGACAUGAACAGUACGAGCAACAGCCAGUGGUCGACGGUGAAUACAGAUGGCGUUGAUACAUGGAACUCUAAGGAUGUUGUCAUUGCGAACUGGACAGUGACCUGUGGAGACGAUUGCAUCUCCAUGAAAGGCAACAGCACGAACGUAUCAGUCUCCAACGUGACCUGUCAUGAGUCUGGAUGUGCGUGCAUCGGGUCAAUCGGGUCGCAGGCAUCGCAGCCAGACUAUGUGGAAAACGUGUAUUUCAACAACAUCACGUGUCUGCACUCGUCAAACGCGGCGUGGAUCAAGACAUACAGCGGGACCGGGCGGGUGCGCAACAUAACCUUUGCCAACUUCCGCGUCAGCCAGGUCGACCAGCCAAUAUAUGUAACACCGUGCAUUUACAGCGGGCAGAACUGCGACACCAGUCGUCUGGGCAUCAGCGACGUGCGAUGGGUCAACAUAACGGGAACCAGUCGGUAUAAUGUGGCAGCCGGGAUCCAUUGCAGCGCUGCGACGCCGUGCAAGGGAUUCAGCAUGGAGAAUGUGAACAUCACUCCGGCCGCUGGAGGGUCGGCCAAGUGGCUCUGUUCCAAUAUCCAGAAUCAGGGAAGCUCGGGAAUACCAUGCACAGGGACUUGUCCUGCAAACUGGCCGCAGCAGCUGAAGGGCAACCGUUGA